AUGUUGCUUCUUGUUAGGGCUGCGCAAUCAAAGAAGAAAGAAGAAGAAGAAAACGAGAAAAUGGGGGAAGGACCCAAAAGAGCUAGAGGGACAAAAUUUGAUUGGGUUCUAAGAAGUCGAGAUGAUGAGGACAACUUUUUAAUGUCUAUGUUUUUAAAAAGGUCUAGAAAUUGGUUUAAAAGCUGCUUAGGCCUGAAAUUGAAGGUGGUUUUGAAUUCAGGAGGUUCAGAGCUUCAAAAUGAGCCUAAACACGACUAG